AAACUAAAUGAUAUUUUGAAUUUUAUUUUUAACGUCAAUUAUAUGUUAUCGUUAGCUAAUCACUUAAUCUUGUGUAAAGUAUUUGGAGUCAAUUAUGUAACUAGCUAAUGCAAAAUAAAUAAAUACAGAAAAUGCAGUCCGGUUUAUAAAAUAUUGGGCCCUUAUACUUUUUAAAGAGCCGAACAAAUUAAAUUAUUUCGGGCCGAAACAGUAGGCCCACGUGUUUGUGAUGAAGAUCUUUUAUUUAGUAAGUCGGAUAUAACAUAUUUAUCCCUUGGAGAUAAUUUGUUUGUAUAAUACGAGAUUGAUCCGUACCGAGGUAAGAGAAAGAAGGACAGGCAGAGAGUUGGUGGGUCACACUCUGUUUGAAUGAGUGACCGUACAACCUACAACCUAACCCACCUGCCACUCUUUAAUACCUUUAAUUGCACGUCAUUUAUAAAUAAAUACAACUCUUUACUUGAUUUUGAUUUUUAAUUUUGUCUUUUCUAUUUUCCCUCUUUCGAUUGAACCCAUCCACUUUCUUAAAAAGACGAUUAUUAUGUGUGUAUGUAAAUAGAAAAUAUAAAAAUAGUUGAAAAGUCGUAAUGAAAAAUAUACUGUUGAUAGAAUCAUUAAAGAUGUCGUUUUUGCAUGUUUAGUUUUUUUUCUUCUGUAAACAUGCCGUUUAGUUAAUGAAACAAUUAAUUAAAAAAACAAAAUUAGUAAUAUCCAGAACGCACAAGGGACAAGAGUGUCGUGAACAACUUGUCUAGCGACUCUAAAGUUGGCCGAUGUUUUGUUUAUGCCUCGAUGGUCAUUUAUAUAAAUGUAACUAUUUGAGUUUCUUUUUCUUAAGAACUAGUAUGUUUUUGUAGGAACUUGCAUGUUUGAUACAUGCGAAUAACGUUUGGCAGACAAGAAUUAGUGAAGUAAAUAUCUAAACGAACAAUAUAUGUAUGAAAAUCUUGAGGAAAUGUCCAACUUUGUCGGCCAAAAAUAUAUGUUUAAUAAAAAUAUAUACAAAAUAUCAUAAUAAUACAAAUAAACAGCAAAAACGAAGAUCCAAAUUUUCUCGAUCUAUUCUCUUUGACUUUAUUGGUCACUCUUGUAGUCUUAAAGAACGUUGAACUUAAACCAUCCGCGGAGAUUUCAUCCAACCAUCUUUAAUUUAUUGACCAAUUUGCUUAAAAAUAAACGAAACUCCAUAUUAAUUUAUUUUGUAUAUUUAUUGAAGGCUAAACCACCAACCCCAUAACCCAAGGAGUUAAAAACAUUUCCUGUUUCUUUCACCUUUGACCAUGAUGAUGUAAGAACAACUUGUUAAAUCAUACUCGAAUUUGAUGUUUAAAAUCACGGACUACUUCGCCUGUUUGCUCUAAAAUCCACUAGCUCAAUUUAAUAAUUUAUAUAGUAGUAUUAAUAUACAAAAUGACGUACUCCUUCCGUUUCAAUUUAAUUAUCGUUGUAGGAAAAAAAUUUCGUUUCAAAAUAAAUAUCGUUUUAAAAUUUUAAUACAAAAUUUAUUAAUAAAUUUUUUCAUUUUAUUUUUCUAUUGGUUUGAAUAUGGUUAGGUGUAUAUAUAAUUAUGUUUUUGUUUUAAAAAUAUACAAAAUCAUAUGUUUUUUUAAUAUGUGUGCAUAAAUAUAAAACGACAACUAAAAUGAAACAGAAAGAAUAAUAAAUUAGAAUGUUCAUAAGAGAGGUUUACCAUCAGAGACAGUUCAUAUAUAUAAUACACAUCUUAAAUAAACUGGCAGUUUAUAUCAUACACCCCUAGCAACAAAAUAGCAAAACGAUUACGUGAAUUAGGAGUUUCCAUGACAUAAGUAAAAAAUGGUUACUACUUACUAUGUUUGACCAAAAAAAAAAAAAAAAAAAAAGGUUACUACUUACUAUGUUGAUUUUUAAGUUUAUAGUAUUACUUCACAUUUAUGACUUAUCUAUCUCUCUAAUCUAUACUAGCUGGUUUUAACGUAGUGGUUAUCAAGAUAUAAUUAACCUUUUGGAUCAUUACAAAGUAGUCCAAACUUAAUAACAAAACUAAGAAAUAGUACUCUGUAAAUUAAAAUAUAAUUAUUUAAAAAUUAAUUAUUAAUUAUAAAGCCCACAUGAAUACUAGCCCUGAGCUUAAAAGUUAGAGAAAUGGUGUAUUGAGCUUAAAAGUUAGAGAAAUGGUGUAUAUUCAACUUAACUAUUCAGCGUAUUUUGAUUUUUUUUUAAUAGCAUGUGCACUCAGGCUCGUGCCUCUUAUAAGGCAGCUAAAGCAUUAGCUUUAGGCCACAAUUUUUUUUAGGCCACAAUUUUUUUUAAAAAAAAUUAGGCCACAUCUUCUAUUUUAUGUACAGUACUUUUCAUUUUAUUUAGCUUGAUAUAAAACCACGGAUACUUGUUAACAAAUCUUCUUCUUUAUUUCUUCCUUCAUAUUUUUUAAAAAAAUUUAAUCUUCUUCUUUAUUUCUUUACUUAGUAUGGAAAAAUCUUAAAUCUUGUUAACAAGUUGAUUAAUAAUUAGUUAUAAAGUGCUUUUGAAUUGAAUUUUAGAAUAACAAUGGUUGUUGGGGGGUGGUAUUUAUGAAAUUAUUUAUGUUCGGAGAUCGAACUUCUAAAAAUGGCACUACAAGCAGAAGUUAAAAGAGUUGCUGAAAUAUUGAACUCUAUGAAAGUAAUGGAAGAUUUUAGUAUAACUCAUGGAUUGUUUAUCAAAUAUGUUAGCAAUUCUUUUUCAAAAAAAAUAUAUGUUAGCAAUUCCAGUUUAGGUUGCUUCUGCAGAAUUUGUUUUUUAAAGUUGAAGUUGAUAAAAAUAUUUACGAUUUACUAUAUGUCACAAAAGAGACUGAAUGGGAACUAGAAAAUGUGUUUUUAACAAAUAAAAAUUUAUUAGGGUUACAUUUGAAAAAAAUGCUUCAGGCCACCAAAAUAUUUGGGACGACACUGUGUGCACUUUUAUCCAUUUCAACUAUAGCUAAAAAAAGUUUCUGGAUAUUUAUAAUUUAUAAAACUAUAAAUUCUGAAUACAUUUUAUAGAUUUAAUUAACUUGUCAAUAAAGAAUUCAGUAUUUUAAAUUUAUUUUUCUGAAAGUUAAAUUUACUUGGAUGUACCUAGCAAGUACCGCCUAUGUACUCUCUCUCCCUUAUGCGCUCUUCAUAGUCUUUCCAUGUGUUCUGUCUCUAUAUAAUCCCUCUCUUCUCACUCACUCUCUCUCUAGCUUCGAAUUUUAUCUCUCUUCAAAAACCCCCCGGAGAAACAAGAAAAAUGAAGCAUCUGAUCCGCCGCCUCUCUCGCGUCGCCGACUCAUCCACCGAGUUCUCCCUCCGCAGAUCCACCUUCUCCUUCCGCACCCGCCGCGGCCAUCACCGUCUCCACGCGCAGCCGCCGUGGUCGAUUUGUCAGGCGAGACGAGUCAACACCGUCCCCGCAGGCCACGUACCCGUCUACGUCGGCGAAGAGAUGGAGAGGUUUAUCGUGAGCGCGGAGCUCCUGAACCAUCCGGUCUUCGUCGGACUUCUCAACAGAUCCGCUCAGGAGUACGGUUACGCUCAGAAGGGAGUCCUCCACAUCCCCUGCCACGUCAUCGUGUUUGAGCGCGUGGUGGAAACGCUCCGGUUAGGAUUCAACGACUCAGGCGAGGUUCAAGAACUCGUGGAGUCGUUGCUCUCCGGAGAUGAGGUGAUACCUGGAACUACAGAGUAGCUCUGAAAGCAUCCAAACUGCUGAUGGUGUUUUCUCAGCUUUAAAAAAAAAACAAUUACAUCCUCAUUUCCACGGUUUUGUAAAUAUAAUUCAAGUUUUUAUCUGUCUUUAGUUGUGAUCGAAAAACAUAACUUUUGUUUAGACCAAACCAA